CUCCUUUCUCUCCUUGGAUUCCACUACUCCCUCGUCCUCGGAGCAGUUGCUGCAGCUGCAACCCCCCUGCGCCUCUCUUCUCCCGGUCCCACCCGCCCCUCCGCCGCCUAGGGCUUCCAAAUCCCCUCAGCUUCCCCGGAUUCCGCUUUCCCCCGUCGCUGCAAGGUUCCGGGAGGUUCUAAUCUCCUUUGAGCGCCGCCUGCCCGCCGUGGCUGUUUCUCGGUGUUCACCGCGUUCCUCCGUGCAAUGCGGGGCCUAAACGCGGCUGGGGUUAGGGUUCCUGGCCCGCAGCUCGCUUCAAUUUGAUUUUUUGGAGGUUUUUAUAGGGAGGAGAAAGAGUCCGGAUUUCGAGGAGUUAGUGGUUGCGUGCUUGUCUCGGCGGAGGUGAAUCUCAAGUUCGUGGCCGGGGUUUUAGCUCGACGAGGCGGACAAUUUUCUACGAGGGAUUGGAAUUCUUUGCUCGGUUUUUGAGGUGCCCGUGUGGAAAGCCCGGUAAUUUUUGAAUUUUUGGGCGGUAAAAACCUGUUGGUUAGGCUGUGGUGGUUUCUAUGGCCGGGGCGCCGAGGGCCCGGUCCCUGAACAUCGCGGUUCCGGAGGCAGAGGCGAGGCCGGUGCUGGUGCCAGGAGGCAACAAGGCCAGGUCGGGCCCGGCGAACGCCCGGAAACCGUCGCCGAAGCCCGUGAGGAAGGCGGAGCCGGCGCCGGCGGGGACGCCAGCGGAGACUGUGCCCGCCGCGACCAAGGCGGAAGAGGGCGCAAAGAGGAAUGCAGUCGGCGGGGGUGGAGGUGGCGCGCCCAAGAGUGCGUCCCCGGUGCCGUCGCCGCGGCGCACACCUCCUGGGCCGCCGUCGAGGAGGAACGACGCGCCGCUGUCGCAUCCGGGCUUGCCGCUCAGCGCGUCUUGCUCCUCGGAUGCAUCCGCGGAGUCGGUCCGCGCCCGGCGGGCUUUCACCGGGAAAGUAGAGAAGGGCCGGUCGGUGCCGACGGCUCAACCGAAGCAAGGCAAGGCUGUGGGUAAGGCGGUGGAGAGCAAGCCCAUCCGCGUGGAGGUUGUUGCUCCGAUGACAGUGACACCAGAGGCUGUGCAAGGGAAGAGGAGGUGCGCGUGGGUUACUCCAACCACCGAUCCUUGCUAUGUCACUUUCCAUGAUGAGGAGUGGGGAGUUCCCGUGCACAAUGAUAGGAGAUUGUUCGAACUACUUGUACUAUCUGGUGCAUUAGCUGAGCUUACGUGGCCUGAAAUUCUCAAGAAGAGGCAACUUUUCAGGGAAAUUUUCAUGGAGUUUGACCCUGCUGCUGUCUCUGAAAUAAAUGAGAAGAAGCUUGUGGCACCUGGAUGCGUUGCCCAUUCUCUUUUAUCAGAGCAAAAGCUCCGAGCUGUACUUGAGAAUGCUCGCCAGAUACUAAAGAUCGCUGACGAAUUUGGAUCCUUUGAUCGGUACUGCUGGGGUUUUCUGAACCACAAGCCUAUAGUAAGCAAGUUCCGCUAUCCAAGACAAGUUCCUGUGAAGAGCCCCAAGGCAGAUAUAAUCAGCAAAGACAUGAUGAGAAGGGGGUUCCGAGGCGUGGGCCCGACGGUCAUAUAUUCCUUCAUGCAGGCUGCGGGGCUAACAAAUGAUCACCUAGUCAGUUGCUUCCGGUUCGAGCAUUGCAGUGCCGUGCCAACUCUUUGCGCAUGCGACAUCGACAGGGCAAACACGAAGGCGGAUCUGAAAAAAGAUGAGGUGACAGCGAAGAUCUAUCGCGAGGAGGUAAUCGCAAACCCAGAGAUGCUGAGGACGAUCGAUGCUCUUACCGUUUCGUAGCACCAUGUGGGAAUGGAAGAGCAACGUGGUCGCUGAACUUGUGUCAUCUCUUAUGUAGACAGUGUGCUAGGCUAUCCUUUGCAUUGAGGUCAGAAAUCAAAAAAAUGCUUAUUAUGUAAAAAAUCGUUCUGUUGCUAAUGCUUACUCUGUUGUACAUUGAAUGGUUGGGGGAAGCUAAGGAUGGUGGCCUUUUCUUACUGAUCCAGAAACUGUCGAAUUACUUGCUGUCAAUAAUUCAGCAGUUUUCUCCUG